GGAGUUUUCUUUAAAGGUUAUUGAAAAGACAGAAAGGUUGUGAGAUUAGCCCACCUGAGGAGCCUCAUCCAACAUCUACUGCUCAGAGAGCCAUCAGUUCCUCUGCUAAGGAGAGGUAAAAAUGAGCCAGCUCACAGAACUAGUUCUCCUUACAGUCUUCUUGGCACUCUUCGGUCACGCUGAAGCAAAUCCUUUCGUUUACAACUAUGAGGCGCUGAGGAUCGGAGGUUUGGUCUUCACAGCCCUGCUUGUAGCCGGAGGGGUUGGAGUCCUAUGUUGGGGGCAGUGCAAACCAAAAAGAAAGAAUGAUGAAGACCCAAGCAAAAUCUAAGGAUGGGGGAUUUCAUCUUCUGAAACUUUCCUUUGGAUUUUUGAUCGAACACAAGACUGAUUUUUUUUUUUUCUGUCUAGAAACUACUGAUGGCUAACUAGCUCCACUUUUCACCUGUACUUUAUUUUAUUGUAUGUUUCAAUAUUUUUCAACCAUUUAAUUUAUACAAUAAUCACAGUCCCUGCUUAAAAAAACGAGCUGCUGUUGUUUUGAAUUUGUAGAAUCAUUCUAUAAAUUUUAAGUAAUCUCUCCAAGUGGCGCUUUAAUAAAGAGUCUCAGUUAUGGGCCUGCAUUUGAA